UGCACGCCCCCUUGCCUUCACAACAAAGUAAAGUUUGUCGAGCCACAGUGUCCUGAAUUCGAUCCCCCUUUUAAACUGAAUAUUCGCCACUUAGUCAUCGACGAGAAUGUCCACCAGCAGCCAGAACGUAUUUGACUGCGUGGCCAGGGACAUUUUCUUCAUAACCACCUCGAAGGAGCCGCUCUCGCCGUCCCAGUCGCCCCUGAUCUAUGUCGAAGAUGUGGCCUCCGGAGUUGACACCAGCAGUGGCCUGACCGCCAACCUGCUUGCUGAGGCAGUCUUGGAGAGACUUCUUCUUCCGGAUCCGGGGGCCUUCGUGGUUCCUCUGACCAACAGGGUCCCUCCUGAAAUCAUUGAGGUCAAGCUUGUUGCUUACCUUUUUGAUUCGUGGCAGCGCCUUCAAGUCUAUGAAGCGAAACUGACCCCUGAUGAGAGAGCAGAAGUUGAGAGCAUCAUUGUGAGAAAUGUUGCCACAGGUUUGCUGCAAAAAGAACUUCACCCCACACAAAACAUUCCCUUGCAAAUUUUGUGGCUCUUGUGUGAGCAAACCUUUGAAGAAUGCAUAACCUUUAUGGCAUCACUGACAAAAUACAUCUUUGCCGAAGAAGGGGAGCAAGGUCUUUCGUCCUCAAUAAAUCUGGUCCUGAACAAUCUAUUCCACGAAGCAGCAAAGUCGAAUUUAAUGACAACAAACUUUCAAAACUUGUUGAGGGCUACUUUAGUCAUUGUUAAGUGCAAUCCCAUUUGUGCAACCUCAGUCGUCAACCACAAGCUUGGCGAACUCACCUUGGGAAGCAGCUGGAACGGCACACUUCUCGGCAAGUUGCUUGGCCUCAGUUUUGUACCAAAGGCCUUUGGACAAGACAAUGAUAUUUUCAGGGAGGUUGUUUCCGAGCCUUCCCUCAUGGCCACAAGGGAAGGAAUGGUUCGACAGAACACUAAGGCCUUGCUAGACGGCCUGCACUCAAUUUUCGAAGCCAUUCUGCGAAGCUCGGCUGGAAACCGCGCACUUUGCUUGAAGUGGCUGUGGGGCUGUGUUGAGGCAAACGUGUCUCGAGCCAAGCUCAUGUCCGCAUAUGCGGGAUUGGCUGCUAACGGACUGGACAUGAUGAACACCAUCUCGGACGGGUUUGCUCUCAACUUGGAGUUGUUAGUGCUGCGACUAUGUGAGCCUUUCUGCAAUCCGCCCAACUGUGCUGACGAACACUCUUUCAACCCAAAAAUACUGACAAUAGACCCGAGUUUUUGCGCUGUCGAAAGUGGGCAGUUUUGCCGUGCAAAGUUGUUUGAUGAUACGUGCCUUAUGCCUGCCGAGCUAGACGCAGAAGGAAAUAAGAUCAAACGCGUUCAUUCCAAAAGUUUUACAUUCAUCACCGAGUGCUUCUUCUUGGCGCAAAAGACGGUAGAAAUCGGGUCUAAGUCGUGCAAAAAUCGCCUCAAAAGUUUGAUGCAUGAGGCAGGCGGAGUUGAAGAAUUAAUAACCCAGGGGGCUCUGCCUCAGCAAGAAAGAGAGAUGGCCCGCAAUGGCCUUGAGAGACUGACUGCUCACAUUUUGUGCUAUAGGACACUGCUAUCUGACCCAACCUUCAUAGAACUCUCUUCCAAACUGCACUCGGCAGCUGCUCACUGGAUUGUCCAAGUCCUGCUCGAUGAAGUGCCCUACUCUGACAAAAGAUCAAAUUUUGCUCCAGGCAUAAAAAGAGAUGUGACUUUUCCACUGCCAGGAGAAGAAUUUGACAUCAACCGCCCAGCACGGACAAUGCAGUACGUCCCCGAAAGUGUUGUUAGCAACCUUAAGUCCUUCAUCACCAUGGCGCCAACCAACUACCCAGAAGUUUUGGAAAACACCUGGCUUACAUGGCCAAUUUUCACAAUGGUCGUGGCCCUUAUGGGGUCACCGUGUCGAGUCAAAAAUCCCCAUUUACGCGGAGGUCUUGCCAGAAUCGUAGAGUCUCUGUUACCUUGGCAAAAAGGGGAGGAUGAGAUGCUGAUGCAAAGGAGAAUGCUCAACCUUCCAGACGUCUCCAAAUACCAAAGAGAGAGGCUUUUUGCAGACCAUCCUUUUAGAUUAGAGCUUGUCGAAGCUAUUGUUAGUGUUUUUGUCGGUAUUGAAGUCACUGGUCAAGACCAUUUUGAGCAAAAGUUCCAAUACAGAAUGCCCCUCUAUUCCAUUCUCAAUCACAUUUGGAAAUCCACAGAAUACAUUGACCGUUUCAGGGAACUUGCUGCCUACGCUGAGCAGAACAUAGAAUCUUCCAACCCUCCAGUCUUUCUAAGGUUUUCUAACCUCCUCAUUAACGAUUCUGUAUUUCUACUUGACGAAGCUAUCCUGCAAAUGGCCAAGCUCAGAAAAUUGCAAGCCGAGAAGGACACUAAUGCCUGGGAAAAUUUGCCGGAAGCCCAGAGGAGAGAAAACAUGCGAAAUUUGGAAAUGAUUGGCAGGAUUGCUAGGUUUCACAACAUCAUGAGUCGAGACACAAUUAGUAUCCUGCAGACAGUUACAUCUCGCAUCCAUUCCCUUUUCUGUCAUCCGACCAUGGUCGACAGACUUGCUGCUAUGCUAAACUACUUUGUAGUGAGGUUGACAGGGCCUAAGAGCAAAGAACUUAAGGUAUCCAACAUGAAAGAGUGCGCUUUUGAGCCUGGCAAUCUUGUGAUAGAUAUUUCCAAAAUUUACAUCAACCUGGGUGAUUCUGAGGAAUUUUGUGCAGCAGUCUCUCGAGAUGGGCGAUCAUACAGUGGCCAGCUGUUCCCAAGAGCUCAAAAUGUUUUGAGCCGAGUUGGUGGCGGGGACCUGUUGUCGGAUUUGCACAACAUUGCUCAGAAGGUGGCAAAGCAUGCUGUUCAACAAAGCAUCGAGGAUGAACUUCUUGCUGAGGCUCCAGAUGAAUUUUUGGACCCAAUUACAGCAGCCAUCAUGAUAGACCCUGUGAUUUUGCCAUCGUCUGGAGUUUCUAUUGAUCGAGCUGUUAUUGCAAGACACUUGCUGAGUGAUCAAAUAGACCCUUUCAACCGAUCCCCACUUACCAUGGAGCAGGUGAAGCCAAAUAAUGAACUUCGAGAGAAGAUUCAAGCUUGGAUUGCGGAAAAGGAAGCCAACGCCCCAUCAUCACCAUCACAGGACUAACAGUAAUGGAUUCUAUCAUAAAUUUAGGGUAAGAGUUUUAACCAAAAUCAUUAAUUGGAAGAUAUUUUACAUUUUAUUUCCUAUACAAUCGUUUAUUGAUUGUUGAAAUUUGAUUCUUUUCGUUCAAUGCAGAUUAAGUACAAAUAAUUUGGAACCAACCAUAGUAAUACUUGUUGAGCAAUAAAUAAAUAUUGUGAUUCUAGAAAAUCGCUACGCAUUAAAUUGCAAAUUUGACUUUUUAAAUUAAUAACUUAAUUCGGUCUUGAAAAAAAAACUAGUUUAGGAGAAGAAUUCGGAG